CAGCUGAUAGAAAGAUAAAAAAAAAUGUAUACGUCAAAAGAAAAAAGCUGAAACCGUGAAAGCAAAACAUAAAUUGGCUGGGCGAAAAACAAACAAAUAAAAUAUAUUAUUUAUUACCUUGGGGCGUUACAAUUGUGUUAAUUGAAAACUAUUUGUUUGCAUAAUUUGCGAGGAUGCUCAACGAAAGCUUCAAGAUAUACAAUUUUUCGCUCGUAGGAGUUUGAUAAAAUAUCAAUAAAAACAAGAAGUGAUGUCAGCUGCCCAUAAAUAAACUAGACACGACAAGAAGAUCGGAAUCGUAUGGCGAGUCCAUGAUGAAUGAUACCCCAAUUGAUAACGUAAAUUUAAAUUGGGAAUAUGGAGGUAUACUAGGUGAGACGAAAAUGGCUUCAGUCGAAAACAUGGAUAUUGCUGCGGAACAGCGUAACAAUUCCGAUGUUUCGGUAACGUCCGUACCAAGUGUGUCGAAAAAAUCCGGUUUGGCGUAUGAUUCUGGAAAUUACACUACCAGUUCAAACAACAGUGAAAUAUCGUGCCCAUUUGAAGUGGAGCUAAAUAAUCAUUGUCAGCACAUACACAUAUUGCUAAAGGAGCGUGAUCAAGCACUGUUCAGCGCCAUGCAAGAUGUUCGAAAGUUACGCAGUGAACUGGAGCGACUUAAUAAAUCAGAGGAAUGGUAUAAAAAGGAGUUACGCGCACAAAAAAAUACGCGUUUGGAAGCGCUUGAACGACUAUAUUCGCAAGAACGUAAAUAUAUGCAAGAGAAUCAACGUUUACAACGCGAAUGUGUGCGUCUGUAUGAGAAAUGCGGCGACUUGGAAAAGGAGCUGCAAGCGAAACGGGAUAAAGCCAUGCAAAAAUUAGUAGAAGAUGAGCAGCUGACAAAUGUGUAUGAUGAAACGAAUGAGGUGUUAAACAAAUUUGAAUUGGAACAACAACGUGCAUUGGUUAAUGACCAGGAAAAACUAAUCAGUGUACUACGUAAACAAAAACAUGUACUGCUUGAGGACUUGAGUAGACUGAAUGCGGAAAAAGAUGCCAAAGUAUUGGAAAUGCAGGAAACACUUGCUGGUUUGGAGGUCGAAAAUACACAUAUGACAGCACAGUGUAAGCGUUUGAUAAACGAAAGGCAAAUGCUAGAAGACACGCUGAAAACAAAAGAUGAAGCGCUAAAUGCAGAAAUCGCUGAGAGGUUAAAGAUGACAACUUUGAUCGAGGAACUAAAAGAGCAGAGCAAAGCACAGCAGGAAUUGUUAACGCACAAAGAACACGAAAUUCAAGUGCUGCAACAAAAUUUCAAUGAGAAUAUGAAAAACGAAUGGAAUAUGGAUGAAGUGCAUCGUUUGAGCAUGUCUUAUCAUGACGAAAUCAAUGCGAAAACCACUGAGAUAUCGUCACUUAAAAAGUCUUUAUAUGCGCUUCAGUCGGAAUUAAAUACUUUGACGGACUUGCAAGCGCAGCAUGAGGCACAGACGCGACAAAUAGAUCAACUCAACUUUUCACUAGAAACACAAAGCUGUGAGCUAAAACAUUUAAAGCAAACGGACGAAGAAAAGACACAGCAAAUAACUGAGUUACAGCAGAAUUUAGUAAAAAUCCGCACGCAGCAUGACAUUACGCUUGUGCAAAUGUGUACUGAACAAUCGAAUUUGAAAACUGUCAAGCGCGAAUUGAUUGCUUUGCAUGAGCAAUACGCCAGCAUGUGUGCGCUUUGUGAAAAAACCCGUUUCGAAUUGGAGAUACUCGAAAUCGAGAAUGGCAAGUUGAGAUUCGAAUCGGACGGUGACAAACGCGAAAUAGAUGCGCUUAGGGAAAAAUUGAAAGGAUACCUUAAACAUACAGCGGAUUUGGGGCAGCGAAUAAAUGAGCUCGAAGCGAAAUUGCAGAGUGCAACCGAGCGAAAUGCUAAAUUGCAAGCGAAAUUGGGGCAGUACGAGAAAGGUACCGGUACCGGGGCCGAACAGGAACAUAAACAAAUGAUGCAGGAAAAUAGAGCGUUAAAGGAACGAUUAGACGAGCAGAAGAAUAGUUUUAAAGACUGCGGGGUGGACCAAAUAGAUUUAGGAAGCGUAAAUGAAAACGAAGGUGAUGAUAGUGGAUUUUUAGAAGCUACCAACGUUAGCUUAAGUGAGUGUGAAGACGUGGAAAAAUCUCCGGACUCACAAUAUACAAGCGAUGCGGAUUGUGCAAACAUGACAGCUGUAAAUGAGACGCUGCUGCAACAAUUGGGUCAUCAAAGUGAAAUAUUAGCAGAGCGACAAAUAUUAAUCGCUGCUUUGGAGGAGCUUAUUUGUAAUGGAACGGCAACACCAGAUAACGAUUCUUCCAUCACAUCGCCUGUUGAAGCCAAUCAGCCGGUCACUGGAUUAACGGCGCAACAACAACAACUGAUGGUGUAUUUAAGCUCUCAAAGUAUUUUCAUAGCGGAGAAAAGAAAGCUUUUGGAAGCUUUUGAAACUCUAGUCAAUGAAAAACCUGGUCCACAUGAAACAUCGCACCACAUACAAAACAUUUCAAAUAUCAAAAAAAUAAUCGAUGAAAACAAAAAACUAAAAAAUACCGUAAAUACGAAAGAAGCCGAUCUACUAAUGAGCUUAACGAACGUAAAAGACAACAUUGAAAAAGCCACAGCUUUCGGCAAAGAGGUAGAGUAUUUACGAAAGAAAUUACAGGAAAAUGACGAAAGACAUUUAAAAGACCGGAGCGAGCAAGAGCGACUCCACGGCGUACAAAUGCGGAGCUGCGAAGCAGGCAUGCAACGCCUACAAACCGAGAAUGAACGGCUGAUAAACGAAAUGCAAAGCUUGUUGGAAGCAAAAUCUCAAAUUGAAAAUGCGCUUGAACAGCAGACACAGCUGAUUGACGAACUGAAAGCAAAGUUGUCAACGCUUGAAAUAAACGAAGACACCUGUGAAGCUAGCAACACACUAGAGCUAUUGCCCAACGAAAGGGAGGAACUGCUGCGCCUGCGUGCCAAUGUUGAGGAGCUUGAGAAGUGUUUGACGGCAGCGUCGGAAUACGACGAAGCGCGACGCAACGAAAGAGUGCGUCUGCUACAGCAGCUGAUCGAGCAACAAAAUAGCAAAGUGCAGCAGCUAACUGAAACACAAGCAGACUGGGAAGAGCUGCUCGCCACACUGCAAGUCGCACAAAAGUUGGAGGAAAGUGCGCGCGCCGAGCUGCAGUUGAAACACGCCGAGCUGGAGGAGCUCAAUGCGCUGUUCGCCGAGCAGAACGAAGAGUUGCGGCAGCUCCAAGAAAUUGCUUUCCUUGCCCAAAGCAAUGAAGAAAAAGCAGAUGAAAAUGCACAAACGAACUGUGAGAUGUUGCAAGCUAAACUCAGCGCGCAACUGGCCGAAAGCGCAACACAGCAGCGCCAAAUUGAGGAAUUGCAAGGCAAAAAUGCGCGUCUCGAACGUCAGCUCAAUGAAGAUUACGCCGAAGAGAUGGCGCAUAAUCAGCGACAGUUACGCGCUUUGCAAACAAAAAUGGACAAACUCAAAACCGAACGGAAUGAGUACGCCGAACGCCUGGCGGCAAUGGAGUCAGAGCUGCAGCAAUUGAAGAAGAGUAAGCGCGAUGGCCUCGUGUUGCCACCGGAAUUUGUAGUACUACCUAAAGACACGUUACACGCUUCUGCUAGCGAUGAAACCGCCACCACCACCGAUGCAAACGGCAACACAAGCGGCAGCGAGUCGGACAGCAACGAACGCAUGCGCAUACUCACCAAAGUGCUCGAAGCGGAGUAUAGGCGCAAAAUGAAGCGCUACGACCUGCACAUACACACGCUGCUGGGCAAUAUCAGAAAGUUGAAGAAGACGCUGCGUGCGACCGAGCAACGCGCCGCACAUUUGACGCACGAGCAGUGCAAGACCAUGGAAGAGCUGCGCGAACUACGCGUGACCAGAAGGCAGCUGGAGGAGCUGCGCUUGAAGUGCGAACACAACCAAAACACAAUUAAAGCACUCGAACAGGCUCUAGCAAUGGAGCGCCAGAAAUUCGAGGCUUCCGAUUUGGGCAAGGCAGCGCACAUUACACGCGACUCGGCUGCGUUGGAGGAAAGUGGCGUUGAGCCGGCGCAUGAGGUCGCCAAUUUAAUUGAUGAUUACAAAAAGUUAAUUCAACAAUCGGCGUUGGCUACACGCCGCUCCAAGACCAGCAGCAUACUGGAGCUGAUACAACGUAGCAAUCAAUGUGUGCCAAAUUUACACAAACUGGACGCGUCAGUCGAUGGCCUGCGUAGCGACUUGGCGCACUUCCUUAGCGCGCAUACGAGGCAUAUGCGCUCUGCUGCAAGUGCGCAGAAGUUGGAUGGACCCUCGCUGUUGGAUGAGCUGCGUGCCGCAACUGAAAGUUACUAAAUUUUUUUUAGUAAAUGUUGUGCUGGCGGCAGUCAAUUUUACUGAAGUAAUUUUGAAGCAUGAUGGACAGUGCUGGUCGGCUAAAAAUCCGUCUAUAUGCCGGUUGCUUUUAGAUCAGAAUAUUGUGGAAACGGUAUCUUUAAUAUUACUAGCUUAAGCUGUGAACGCGUCUGCACAGGUUGAGCGUCAUUUUUGUCCUACUUCCUUCUUGCUGUGCAUAAAAUGCAAACGAACAUUGCCAAAUUAAGUUAAACUAUUUCUAUAUUUUUUACUUAUUUAAUAGUAUUUUUAUUCGCUGUUUUCAGUUCUUUAUUCUGUGUAUUUAUUUGUUGUUUUCGUUUUAUAUUUAUACAUAAAGUACUUUUCUUCCUAAAGACAUUUUUCUGUAAGCCCGUGU